AUGCGUCUCUUCCUGCUGCCCAUCUCCACCCGUCGCUCCCUCAUCUACUGCGAGAAGCUGCACGAAAAGGCCCCAAAGGAUCGCUCCCUCUAUGACAAAAUCACCCUCAAGGCGAGCGAGACGUGGGUGGCUUGGGAAAAGGAUCAAAAAGCCGUGUGGGACUGGAAGCGCAAAGUGACCUUUUACGGCAACCAGGCAUUGACGCGCAUCCCCUACGAAGAAUGGGGCCUCAAGACCAUUCCCGCCCUCACCGCCAAGCGGAGGCAGGAAAUCCUCGACGGCAAGGCAAAAUACGAAGUCCUCUUCCCAGGAAAAUAUCUGCCCCAGGAGAGGGUCCCCAGCCUGCUUGAGAAGCUGGCCAAGGAGAGGCAGCACAUGCACCGCACCAAACUCAUCUGGAGCGUUGUCAUCAUGCCCUUCACCGCCCCUUUUAUGCUCGUCCCCAUCAUUCCCAAUCUGCCCUUUUUCUACGUCCUCUACAGGGCCUGGUCGCAUUGGAAAGCCCUCGGUGGUGCACGACACCUCGAGUUCCUUCUCAAGCACAAUCUCCCCAAACCUAAUCCGUCAUGGACCCUGGAUGAACUCUACACCGCCGGACUCAUGUACCCCACCCGUGCCCUUUCCCGCGCCGCACCCCGCCCAACCCCGCAACAGGCCCAACAAGUGGCCGCCGUGGUCCACCAGCAGACCAACAAUGAGACCGAAGACGUCAUGGUUCUGCAGCGCUGGAACGGCAAGCUCAUUGCUGAGCAGUUCAAUCUGCCAGACAUGGAGGUCGAGAUUGAGCGCGCAGUCAGCCAGGUAGAAAAGGCAAUCAAGUCAAAGGAAGAGCGCAUGGAGGAAAAGAUCGAGCAGGAAAAGGCUGCUGGCAGCAAUGGCACUCGAGCCAAGGAUACCCUACCCAAGGAAAUUCUUGAAAAGAUCCACGACAAGGCCGAAGACGUCGCUGAAAAUGCCAAAGUUGGUAUGAACAAGGUCCACUAA